UUCACAAUAGUAUAUUUUUGUCAGCUGAGACGGUUUGUUUACAAAUUGAGCAAAUUAAAAUAAAAGAAAGACCGAGUUGAUUAGAACGUAAAACUAAAUAGUUUGUUUACAAAUUUGUCUAAAUAAAAAUAAAUUAAAAAGAAAACGAGUCGAUAAGAACUUAAUGAAAAUGAGUACGACGGAGUUGUGGUUUGGCGAUUCAUCAGAAGAUGAAAGCUUAGUGGAGCUGGCCAGAAAUAGGAAACGGUUGAGGGACGCUUCCAACCCCUUAGAAAUUGAUUCCACUGCAUUUAUAAAAAACUUCCGAGUAUCUAAAGAGGCGUUUGUGGACGUGCUGACCACUACAGAAGACCUGCUGAAUCAAUGCACCCGAGCGAAAUCUAUUCCGCAUGUUUUAAAGCUAGCAACAGUUCUGCGAUUUUGUGCUCAGGGAUCGUACCAACUUAGCAUUGGCAAUGAAAAUAUACUUGGACCNACAAGCAAAAUCACAUUUUUAUAA